UUCAUCUGUAUUAUGUAUCAUAAGUUGAAUGAAGCUAACUAAUUAAUACAAUUAUUUAUGCAGGAUGCGAGGCAACGGUCGCAGGGGAGGUUUGUUGGGUCAUUCACAGUCAAGGCAGUCACCUGUGCAGGAUGAGCCUAAUGAUCAACUAGACCAAUCUACAUAGGGUCAGCCUCAGGUUCCUUCACGAUCCACUGGGAGGUCGACACCAGAUCCGGAGGGGUCUACUGCUUCAACACAGCAUCGAGCUACACCUCCACCUCCACCUCCACCUCCACCACCUAUUACCCCAUCUUCUAAGCCUGUAAUUGGAUCAACCUCUGGUCAUGAAGGUCACUCAGUUGGGGCAGCACCAAUAUCAUCGAUGGAUGGCCUAUCACUCACUACAUUUGGAAGAAAGAAACGAAUAAAGCUCAUUAAUGGCAUGUUACAUCCAUCUGAGGAAUGUGCUAAGAAGAUGAAGAAUAUCUUCAAGGAGAGGAUGGACCCAAAGGGGCACUGUUGGAAAUCUAUCACGCCUGAAACAAAAGAGUUUUACUGGGAUGAAUUUCAGAAAUACUUUGAUUGGCAAGAGGUGACUCCACUAGUAAAGGAAGCUUGGAGGCGUAAGGCUGCAGAGCGCUACAAGGCACUAAUGUGCAAUGUCAGGAAAGGAAAAUCCAAGGUCAUUGUGCCUAAUAGUACAAUGCAAAAAUGGAAGGAGGCAUGGAGUAGCCUAGAGUUUAAAGCCAAGAGCCAUCAGUUCACUGCUAACCGUUGUAGUGAGAUAGGGGGAGUUGGGGCAUCUCUAGACACACAGGGGGUUCAGUUUCACAUGCUACUCAUGCAGAUAGAAUGGUAA